GCAGUAUCUCGCAUUGCUCCGUGCUUUAUGAAGUUUCCAUUUAGAUUUCACUUGGAAUUUGACUUGAUUGUCAAUGUUUAUAUUCGUUGCAUACUGUUGAAAAGAUUAGCUGAUUUCACUGUAUUUAAGAAAUUGUAGGCGAUUUUUUUAAGGUUUUCGUUACUUUUCUUGUAUCUUAAUUAUUAAGCGUUGAAAAGCACCUUUUGCCGUUAGACGUGGAUCUGUGAAGUGGCUACUGGCAUCAGGACAUAUAGUUUGAGCUUUUCUGGUUAGGGCUGAAGUGAAGAGAUCAUGUUUAAGCAAUCGCCUCGAAGAGGUCAGAGAAACAGAGGGAUCAAAGUGAAGCAUGUAGUGCAGAUAUCUCUGUUGCUUGGAGUUUGCUUCUGGCUGCUUUACCAGGUGCAGCAGUCCCAUGAAAAGAAGGCAUCAUUGAAGGAACAAGAUGGGGGCAGCGGCGUUAUCAAGUUAGGAAGGAAGGAUCUCCUACCUACGGAUAUGGAUGCAAAAGAAGAAAGUGCACAUUUUGACGAUGAAAACAAGCCGGAAGAAGGAGACAGUGGGCUUGAAGACACUUCUGUGAAUGAUGCCACAAAAGAGACAGAAGAGGGAAAGGAGAAUGAAACUGGUGGAGGAGAGAAAGGUGAAAAGGAAAGAGUUAAGGAGGAUGAAUUCAAAGAGAACAGUGAGAACGAGAUGGAUGGUGAUGAAAAGAUAAAAAUAGCAGAGAAUGAGGAAGCAAGUAAAGAGGGGAACGAUGAAGAGCAAAACGAAGAGAAUCAUGAAGUGAACAAGGAAAAUAAUGGAAAUGAUGGUGAGAAUAGUGAAGGGAAAGAAGAUGAGGAGAACAAAGCUGAAGAAACCACACAAGGGAAUGAUAAGAGUGAGGGAAAGGGUGAAGAGAAUGAGGAUAAUGAGAAUGUAGGUGGAGAAACUACAGGUGAGGUUGAGAGGAAGGAGAAUGAAGAGAACAAAAGUGAGGAAACACCACAGGAGAAUGAGAAUGAAGAGCACAAAGGCGAAGAUCGGGGCAAUGAGAAUAAAGAAAACAACAGCGAGGUCAUAAAACAAGAGAAUGAGAACAAAGGAGAAGAAACCCCACAUGAAAAUGAGGGUAAAGAGAAUAAGGGAGAAGAUACAACGCAAGGAAAUGAGAGUACCGAGAAGAAAGGGGAAGAAGCAUCACAUGAUAAUGAGAAUACAGAGAAUAAAGGCCAAGAAGAAAAGCAAGAGAAUGAAAAUACGGAGAACAAAGGCGAAGAAGGAAAACAAGAGAAUGAAAAUACGGAGAACAAAGGCGAAGAAGGAAAAAAAGAGAAUGAAAAUACAGAGAACAAAGGCGAAGAAGGAAAACAAGAGAAUGAAAAUACAGAGAACAAGGGAGAAGAAGGAAAGCAAGAGAAUGAAAAUACAGAGGACAAGGGAAAAGAAGGAAAGCAAGAGAAUGAAAAUACAGAGAACAAGGGAGAAGAAGUAAAACAAGAGAAUGAAAAUACAGAGAACAAGGGAGAAGAAGGAAAACAAGAGAAUGCAAACAACUUGAACAAAGGCGAGGAAGGCAAACAGGAAAGUGAGAACAACUUGAACAAAGGCGAGGAAGGCAAACAGGAAAGUGAGAACAACUUGAACAAAGGCGAGGAAGGCAAACAGGAAAGUAAGAACAACUUGAACAAAGGCGAGGAAGGCAAUCAGGAGAAUGACAACAAGGAGAACAAAGGCGAGGAAGGAAAACAAGAGACUGAGAACAACUGGAACAAGAGCGAGGAUGGAAAACAAGAGAACACAAAUUGGAACAAAGGCGAGGAAGGCAAACAGGAUAAUGCAAACAACUUGAGCAACAGUGAGGAAGGAAAGCAGGGGAAUGAGAACAACUGGAACAAAGGGGAGGAAGGAAAACAGGAGAAUGGAAACAGCUGGAACAAAGGCGAGGAAGGCAAACAGGAGAGUGAGAAUAAGGAGAACAAAGGCGACCAAGGAAAACAAGAGAAUGGGAACAACUGGAACAAAGGCGUGGAAGGAAACCAAGAGAACAUGAACAAUGGGAACAAUGGCGAUGAAGGAAAACAGGAGACUGAGAACAAAGGUGAGGAAGGAAAACAGGAGAAUGAAAAUAAGAAUAGCAAUGGCGAGGAAACGGCUCAAAAGAAUGAGAAUCAAGACAACAAUGGCCAAAAUGAAAACAAAGGUGAAGCAACAACAGGGGAGGUUGGGAACAAAGAAAACACGGACUCCAAAAACAAAACCAAUGAUAAAAAACCAGACUCAAAUUUCACUGAAGCGAAUUCAGAUGUCGAAAAAGGAGGUUCAAAUGAUUCUCACAACACCGAACAACCCGGUGAAGUGAAAGAUCAAAAUUUGGAGUCCAUGACACAUGAAGGUGAAAACAACCAAGAAAACUCAAGCAAUGGUGGUGACUCUUCCACUUCAAUACCCCAAGAAGAGAAAGACGCCCGGACAGACCUGGGGACCCUUCCGCAAACAGGAACCGAAAUGAAUACGAACGAUCCCGCCGUCGCCUGAGUGACAUUGUCUUGUGAAUCUGUAGCUACAAAAGGUAUAGUGUUAUAAAUCAGGCUCUUCAUAAUGUCAAGGCUUUUGUGGGAAUAAUUAUUGGGUAAUCUUUUAAAGUUAUUUAUACAAUGAUUUUGUUGUUGUAUUGCAAUUGAUAGUGAUUUAUUUAUAAAUUGUAAUAUGUAGCAUGGUUAAGGUUGGGUUCAUUUGGCUAUAAGCUAUAUUCCAUCACUCAGAUGCCUUCAUAAUGGUGCUGCUUAUUUCCUUUUUCAUGUACUUUAAAAUUUUAGAUGUUUUUAAUUCAACUCUUAUGCUUUGAGGGUAUCUCAAAUUUUGCUAUC